AUGGCCAACUAUUUUGAACUCAACCAUCUGCCGCAGGGCCAAGUCGAAUAUGAUGAAAGGUUACAAUUUGUUCCAGUCUCCGAAACAACAAGCUAUAAAGGAGCUUCGAUAGGGGACGUAUCUCAGAAGGGAUUGGACAAUUCAACGACACCGGUGGCCUAUGAGGAGGUCGCGCCCGAAUGGCCUCAGGGUCCCCAGAAAAUCGCACCGAAAGGGUAUAUCUGGUGGAUUGGGACAAUUGGCGAUUUUAUUUUGAGUCUCACGCCGGUGGCCUUCUUUGUUAUUGCUGCUCUCGCUAUUCAACUGGAGGGUCAACCGACGGAACACAAUGAACAUGGCGAAAGCCUCGUCGAAGCCACCAAGCUCGCUCCUACAAUCUAUCCCAUCGUUUUCGCGGCUGUAGCAAGUAGAUUUUACAAAAUCCUGGCCCUAUGGAGUGCCACCCGAUCUCGAGGUAUCACCAUCGGUGCCCUCGAGCAAAUUCUUGGAAGUCAGAGCUUCGCAGGAAGUCUCUUUCGCUUGUUCAGCGUCCGAUCCCACAUCAGUCUUGGUAUCAUGAUCCUCCUCACAUGGGCUCUCUCCCCCCUUGGCGGCCAAAGCUCGUCGCGCCUAAUCUUCAAAACGAUACAAGUAUCGGACUCGAAGGCACUCGUCUACUACUCCACAACAGACUCGGAGUCGUCUUUCUCCUCGGCAAGCGGCCUCCAGGUGGCAUCCACAGCAGCAAAUUCUCUCUUCACUUCCAGUCUCAUGGCAGCUGAAGAACAAAGGCGGUCCAUGACAGACCUUUGGACGCGACCCAGGAUCCCUCGCCUCAGAGACCUAUCGAAUAACGACUGGCAAAUAGUUGAUCAAGCUGCCAUGACGGAAAUGGACUACGCCUCAUUGAUUGGUAUCAAGAUUCUUGGGCUUGGAAAUUUCAACUCAACCACCUCCUAUAAUUUGACGGCCGAGGCAACCUACAAUGAUCUCGACUGCAAACAAGUUCAAACUGGCGCCUCAGUCAACGAAACGCUUGCUUACAUACCUGAGGAUAGAUGGACUACUCCGAUCUAUUACGUCGACAAGAUGAACGACACAACCGGCAAACUGCUCCCCGGUUACACCGACCCCAGAUCACCAGACAACAAAAGAGCCAGCUUCUUUGUGACUUCGGACUUCUCAACCCCAGAGCGAGAGUCAGGUGGACACCUUCACAUCAUGUUUGGUUCCCACGAGGGAGACCUUAACUACACGUUGUAUAACUGCACCCUCCGAAACGUCCCACUCGAGCUCGACAUUCUCUGCUCAUCGCCCCUCGGUUGCGGCGCCCAACGAAUUCGGCGCUCCAAAUCACCCCAAUGGGACAAAGGCGACGCUCAUUCUCCCUUCACCUUGGAGAUCCCAGUCGUCUACAACUUCCUAUCAAACUUCCCCUUUGCCGCCGGCUUUUUCGACAACGGAAGUCCCAGAUAUCAGUCCACGAUCGACAACUACCUCCGCGGCAUCACCCAGUUCCCCUUUAAGCUGAACUUCCUCAGCCCCUGGCCCACCAAUGUCACAGACGAAGCCUUCUCCCGGCGCCUCACCCUCCUGUUCAACACAUACUACUACGCCUCGCUCGACCCUUUCACCGCCACCGACUCCAACUACUCCAAGUUCCCCGGAAACACCGACCGCAUCAUGUCCCAGCCCGUCUACUCCGGUCCAUAUCUAUCCAACAACUACGAAGGAGCGACCAUAGUCAUGGUCAACAACGCCACCGAGUACACCCAUCGCGAGAUCUACGGACUCAACCGUCACUGGGCCACCAUCCUCGUUCUCUGCACAAGCAUCUUGCAGAUCUUGUCGCUCGCCGGCCUCUUCUUGCGCUUGACCACGCCGGCGCCGGAUAUCUUUGACUACGGCGCCAGCUUGACGCGCGAGAAUCCGUUCGUACCGGUGCCCAAGGGCGGGUCGGCUAUCGGUGGGCCCGAGAGAGCGCGGAUGCUGAGGAAGAUGAGGGUCAAGAUGGCGGAUGUGAGGCCGGAUGAUCAGGUUGGGUAUGUGGCGCUUGUGGCGACGACGGGGGUGGUGGAUCAGGGGGUUAAUGCGAAUGGGGAGGUCAUUCCUACUAGGGCGUUGAGUCGGUGGAGAAGGUAUUGGUAG